AUGGCAAAGAAAGGAAGGAAUCAAAAGAAUGACAGUAGCAGCAGAAGCAGCAAGAGAAAAACCCGUGUUGAAUAUGUUGAACCACAAGACAUGGAUGAUGAUAUUGAUGCCUUUCACAAACAGAGGGAUAUUAUUCCGCUGGAUGUCAAUGAUGAUGUUGGGGAAUUAAGUGACGAUGAGGAAGAACCUAUUUUUGAUGAUGAGGCUAUUAAUGCUGCUGAUGAUGAAGACGAUGAGGAGGAUGAGGAUGAUGACUCCCAAGAUACUGGGUUAGCUGCUAAAAUUGUAAAGCAGCAAAAGUUUUUAAGAGCAAAGUUUGGAGAUUUUGAUGAUGAAUUGCACGAUGAAGAAGAUGAUGAGGAAGCAGCACAAAAUAUUGUAUGGAGUGGGAACAGGAGCCAUGAUUAUCAUGGUGGUGAUAAUCGUGAUAUCGAGUUAGAUUCAAGUGAUGAGGCACUAAAAGAAGAGGAGGAUGAGGUAUUGAAAUUACAGAGGGAAAGAGCAAAAAAUUUAUCAGUGGAAGACUUUGGCCUUAAAGAUGGUGAAGAUGAAAGUGACAAGGAGCAAACAUUAGGGGAAAUCUCAGUUCAAGGAAAAGGUACAAAGAAAGCUCAUUUGAGCAAAGAGGCUGUUGAUGACUUGGGUACAACUUUUGAGCUAAAAAAAGAUUGGAAUGCAUUGUCAAGGAAGGAGCAAAUGGAAAUUAUCUCUAGUUCUGCUCCAGAAUUAGGUGGUUUGCUAUCUGAGCUCAAUAACACACUUGAAGAGCUUGGAAACAAAGUUAAUCCACUUUUAAAGGAGGUUAAAGUGGGUGGAAUCGUGCGGGAAGGUGGAAUGCGCUAUUUGGAGGUGAAGCAGCUUCUUUUGCUGUCAUAUUGCCAAACUAUUACAUUCUAUCUUCUUCUCAAGUCUGAAGGGCAGCCAGUUAUUAAUCACCCUGUUAUAGCUCGACUUGUAGAGAUCAAGGGCUUAUUGGAUAAGAUGAAGCAACUCGAUGAGAAUCUCCCAUCAGAACUUGAGGAUUUUGUGGAGAAAAACACUGGGAUGCAGACAGUUGACAGCUUAGAUAGAGAGAGUGAUGCACCUGCUUUGGCAUCUGAGUCUAUCACUACAGACCACACCUUGUCUCGUCCCUCGGCUGAUACAUGUGAACCAGCAGAGCUUUGCGAUGCAAUUGAGCUGCUGAAAACAGAGUCUUUAGCAGGUAGCAUUAGCAAAGAAGGGAAACGCAAGCAUAAGUGGGUAGGCAAUGUCGCUAAAUUAGAAUCCCAAAACUGGCAGAGUGACGAAGUUGGUGCACAAAGUAUGGAAAUGUUGAAAGUAAGAGCUGCCCUGGAGGAAAAAUUGAAGCAGAAGGGAGCUUUUUGUUCCUUUGCAAAGCCUGAUAAAGCGCUGAAGCAUCCAAGACCAGUAAAUGGGCGACUUGAAAGCCAUGGAGACUAUGAUGAUGAUGCUGUAGAUGAUGAGAAGGGCAAUCGUAGAUUGAGUCCUGGAGACACGAGCUUGUUGGGAUCAAAGAAACUUUCCAAACUUGUUAUGUCCAAACAGAAUAAGCCAAAGGUUGUUUCCGGUGACGAUGAUUUACCUAUGAGAGACGAUAUUGGAGAGAGGAGGAGGAAGCAUGAGCUUAGAGUUUUGGCAGAUGCUGGAAUUAAGACCGAGGAUGAUGCUGGAGUUAGGAUGGAGGAUGAUGCUGGAAUUAUGUCUGAGGAUGAACUUGCAAUGGAGGCUGACGAAAAUGAUGACAUGGAUGAGGAUGCUGAUUCCUCAGAAGACGAUUUAUACAAACAAGUGAGGCAAAAGCGAGCUGCCAAACUUGCUGCCAAAGCCGAGAUUUACACUAGUAAUCAAACCAUGCUCUUGUACCUGCACUGGCUAGAAAGUGCAAAUAUCUUUCUGCGAGCUGGACUUGCAGCAGUUGCUUUGACUUCGGCUCCCCCAUCCUUGCCUGAAACUGUUGAUGGAAAACGUCAUAUCAAUUAUCAGAUUGAGAAGAACAGAGGUCUAACACGUCCGCGCAACAAGCUGACCAAAAAUCCAAGAAAGAAAUACCGGACAAAGCACGAUAAAGCACAGAAGCGACGACAAGGGCAAGUGCGCCAGAUCAAGAAACCUUCUGGUCCUUAUGGUGGAGAAAGCUCCGGCAUCAACGCAAGAAUUAGUCGAAGCGUCAGGCUCUGA